AUGUCAAUUUUGGUUGUUGUUCUUCCAGAUUUCCAGUACCACCACCCUCAAGCCUAUUGCUACAGGUCAAUUUACAAUUACCUGUUUCUAUCCUUAAUUGUCUCCAUCAAUUUUAGAACACAGGAAUUUCUGGCUCUCUUCACUGGCGAUACUGGAGAAAUCCAAGCAGAAGUGAGGGAACAAAUUGACACAAAGGUGGCAGAGUGGAGGGACGAAGGGAAGGUAGAGAUCAUACUCGGUGUUCUCUUGAUUGAUGAGAGGGAUUACAACAAUCAGACAUACAAACUACAAGUCCGCCUACUUAUCAUCGCAAGUCAACCUUACAUAGAGGAUGAAAUCCAUAAGAUUUUAGACAUCAGGUGCCAAGAGGAAGACGUGGAAAUGUCUGAAGAUGCAGAGUGUUUGUUGACAAAGAUUGGGAUAGAAACAACAUUAAUUAGAUAUGCCAUUCAUCUCAUCAUAGCUACGGCAUUGGCUUCCCAGAAGCGGAAGGGAAAGAUUGUGGAGAUGGAAGACAUUAACCGAAUUUAUCAUCUAUUUUUUGAUGUAAAGAGAUCAACCCAGUACUUGAUAGAAUUUCAGAACCAAUACAUCAAUGAAACUGGGGAUGGUGAUGAAGCUGAUGCAAAUACAAUGGUCACUAAAGUUAUCUUGAUCACUUGA